UUUGAAAGAAAAGUUACGUCUGAAGUCUCUGCUCACUUCUCCAAAAGGGCGGGAAGAGGACUCUCACGCAGAGAAUUUUGAAGAUAGCCAUGGAAAACUCCAUGGACAUCGCCCCUUCUUCUUCAGGACCUCUUGAGCUCGACGCAAUUCGAAGUCGAGCGAGAGAGCUGGAAGAGAUGCUUAGGGUUCUGGAGGAAGAUGCAUCGGAGUUAUGCCCUUUGGAUUCAGAGAAAUUACUCGAGGAUUGUGCUCUCAAUUUCCAGAGCAGAAUGGAGGAAAUAGGAUCGGAGUGGUCAGAUGUUGGUUUCUCAACAGACAAAGACAUUGAUGAAUGCUUGGAACACUUAGGAAAGGAGCUUAGCUCAGUGGAGGCUGAAAGCACUAAGAUCUCUCAAGAAAUUGAGAUGCUUACAAGAACUCAUGCUGAAGACUCUAGUCGCCUGGAGAUUGAACUUGAAGGUUUAAAAUGUUCAUUGGACUCUGCGGCACUACAGGAUCUGGAGAAAGUAAAAUUGACCACAAAUGAUGACUGUAUCAGACAUGAUGAAGGCCAUUCGACUUCAAUGAAUGUUUAUGGCAGCAAAAAACUAGAGCUAUUGGAACUUGAGAACCUGAUAAAGAAGAAAACUACCAUCUUAAAGUCUUUAGAGGAUCUAGAUUCUGUAUGCAAAUGGUUUGAUGCCAUAGAGCAGGUUGAAGAUGCCCUUAUAGGUAUAAAAGUCAUUGCAUUUGAUGAAAACUGCAUUAGCUUGUCAUUGCAGACAUACAUUCCAAAAUUAGAAAGCUUUUUGUCUCAACAAAAAAUUGAAGCUGUCGAUGUGCCACUGGAAUUGAAGCAUCAGUUAAUGAUUGAAGUCAUCGAAGGGACCAUGGACCCGAAGAACGUUGAGAUAUUUCCAAAUGAUAUAUACAUAAAUGAUAUUCUGAAUGCUGCAAAGAAUUUCAGUAAAUCUUCAUUGCAGUGGUUUGUAUCAAAAGUACAAGACAGAAUUGCUUUGUGUACGAUGAGGCAACUUGUGGUAAAGAGUGCAAAUAAGUCUCGAUACUCCUUGGAAUACCUGGAUAAAGAUGAGAUGAUAUUAGCUCACCUGGUUGGGGGAGUUGAUGCGUUGAUCAAGGUCUCUCAAGGUUGGCCAGAGUCAAGUUCUCCGUUGAAGCUGAUAUCUCUUAAGAGUUCUAACAAUGACACAAAAGGAAUAUCUUUAAGCUUCCUGUGUAAGGUUAAGGAGGCGGCAAAUUCGCUGGCAGCACAUCUUCGGCAAAAUCUGUCAAGCUUUGUCGAUGCAAUUGAGAAAAUACUCGUUUUACAAAUGCAGAUAGAACUCGAGUCAGAUGAGACCGCAAUGAACGACCAAUGAUUCCAUAAUGUCACCUUAAACAAUGUUACUUUGCACUUUAAAAGUCAUCUGUAACGACUUACACUUGAAUGAAAUUCCUGGUCUGUUAGAAUCGUUCUACUAGGCUAGCUGUUUUUAAAAGUGAUUAUUUUGUGGAGGGAUAUCUUAUCCUCCAAAAUUCAUUUUCUAUGUUUCUUUACAAGUAAUCCAUUGGCCUUUCUUUCCUCUUCAAUAAAGAUGCCUAGUUUCUUGACAAA